ACUGACAACUACUCCCCCGAAAACAUGUCGCUCUCCUCCAAGCUUAGCAUCACUGAUCUCGAUCUCAAGGGCAAGCGUGUCCUCAUCCGCGUCGAUUUCAAUGUGCCCCUCGACGGAACACGCAUCACCAACAACCAGCGCGUCGUCGGUGCCGUGCCAACCAUCAAGCAUGCCCUCGACCAGGGAGCCGCUGCCGUCAUUCUCAUGUCUCAUCUCGGACGUCCCAAUGGACAGCGUGUGGAGAAGUACUCCCUCAAGCCUGUUCAGCAGGAGUUGAGCUCUCUCCUCAAAAAGGAUGUUACCUUUUUGGAUGACUGCGUUGGCAAGGAUGUCGAAGAGGCCUGUGCCAAGGCUUCCGGUGGACAAGUGAUUCUGCUGGAGAAUCUGCGUUAUCACGCCGAGGAAGAAGGUUCCUCCAAGGAUGCUGAUGGCAAGAAGCAAAAAGCCAGCAAGGAAGAUGUUGAUGCCUUCCGCAAGUCUCUCACCAAGCUCGGUGAUGUGUACGUCAACGAUGCCUUUGGUACUGCUCACCGUGCACACUCCUCCAUGGUUGGUGUCGACUUGCCACAAAAGGCAGCAGGCUUUCUUAUGGCCAAGGAGCUCGAAUUCUUUGCAAAAGCCCUCGAAAGCCCACAGCGUCCCUUCUUGGCCAUCUUGGGUGGUGCCAAGGUCAGCGACAAGAUCCAGCUCAUUGACAACCUCUUGACAAAAGUCAACUCCCUCAUUAUCUGCGGCGGUAUGGCCUUCACCUUUAAAAAGGUACUCGAGGAUAUGAAGAUUGGCAACUCGCUCUAUGACGAGGACGGUGCAAAGCAAGUCAAGGAUCUCAUGGCAAAGGCAAAGCAAAACAAUGUCGAGAUUGUCUUGCCAACGGAUUUCGUCACGGCCGACAAGUUUGCCAAGGAUGCCCAAGUUGGGUAUGCGACCGACAGUGAAGGCAUCAAGGAUGGUCUCAUGGGUCUCGACGCAGGCGACAAGUCUGCAGAGUUGUUUGCCGCUGCCGUACAAAAGGCCAAGACCAUCUUGUGGAAUGGUCCAGCCGGUGUGUUUGAGUUUGAGAACUUUGCCAAAGGUACAAAGGCAUUGCUUGAGGAGUGCUGCCAGUCGGCAAAGAAGGGCAACACUGUGAUUAUCGGUGGUGGUGAUACAGCAACCGUUGCAAAACAGUUUGGCAGGGAGGACGAGCUCUCGCAUGUGUCGACGGGUGGUGGUGCCUCGCUCGAGUUGCUCGAGGGCAAAGUCUUGCCAGGCGUGGAUGCCUUGUCGUCGAAGUAGAGACACUUUAUCUAGCAGUCUAGUCUAUCUUCCUCUCA